AUGACUGACGUCCCACCAACCGAGUCCAUUCCCAAACCAGAGGAACCUAAAAAACCACAACAGUCUCCUCAGCAACCUCAGUUCCAGCAAGUACCUCCGAAUUACUACCAAUUUCCACCUCAAGGUUACUACCCACCACAAGGCUUCCCGAACUACCCUCCUCAGCCUAUGCCUUACUUCCCCAACCCUUGGUUGUUCCAGCAAGCUCCACCCCAGCAGGAAAUUCUUGAGUUUUGGUUGAAAGAAUACGGUGGAGCCAAAAGUGGCUCGACCUCAAAACAAGCAUUUUAUGAGCUUACUAAGGGCGUUAUAAAUGAAUUCAAAGGUAUUUACAUACAUCCUGACCUCGUUCAUUUUGUUGCUGAAUUCAGCAAAAAUAAUGUUUAG